CUCUCUCUCUCUCUCUCUCUCUCUCUCUCAUCUCUAUCUAUCUCUCCCUAGUUUUUCUCACUUUGCAUCAAAGAGAAACAAAGCUUUCGCAAACAAUUAGGGCUUCCUUUUGAUCAGGUGUAUAUCUCUGCUGGGAUAGUCCAGGUCCUACUUUUCUUAUAUCCAGAAAUCAAACCUUUUCGCCAUUCCACUUCUCGAGUUAUAUCAGGAUGAGAGUUUCUUCUCCCUACUUUGAUCCGGAGUUCUACAGGCUCCAAGAGAGGAUUUACGGCCCCAAAGUCAGCAUUGACAAUGACAGCAUGCGAGAUUGCACAGUGAUCAAGGUGGAUGGUAUAAACAAGCAAGGACUCCUACUAGAAGUGGUGCAAGUACUGACCGAUGUCAACCUCUCCAUCUCCAAGAGCUACAUUUCCGCAGACGGCAGAUGGUUUAUGGAUGUGUUCCAUGUUAAAGAUGAGAAAGGAAAUAAGCUCACUGACCAGUCUGUAAUUGAAUAUAUCCAACAGGCUAUUGGCAGUACCAGCUUGGAUGGAUUAAACCUACCCGAUUGGACCAAGACUCGAUCCCACACCAUCGAAUUUCCGAGAUCCGAAAAACCAAAUUGUGAUCACACAAUGAUCGAAAUGACUGGAGCUGACAGGCCUGGACUCUUAUCAGAGAUUUCAGCUGCAUUAUCUGGUCUCCGUUGCAGGAUCAUCGAUGCUCAUGCCUGGACUCAGAAUUCACUUCUAGCGUGUGUUGCCCAUGUGUCCGAUCAGCACACUGAUGAUCAAAUCAAUGACCCCAGCAGGCUUGCGGCCAUCAAUGAUCGCCUAACUUCGAUCCUCAAAGCAAGGACAAUAUCCAGCUUUAGCGAGAUCCCUAUGGUCACUGCACAGGAAGCAAAUACUCCUGAAUCUGAUCUGCACCCAAGCCGAGUAGAAUGGUCUGUUACUGACUUAGAGCGAAGACUACAUCAAUUAAUGCUUUCUGCUAGAGACUUUGAUGAGUCGUAUUCUUUAUCAUCGCCUAAUCUGAUCUCAGAAAAAAAGCACGUCUCCGUGGAGGAUUGUGACGAGAAGGGAUAUCUGAUAGUAAGCAUAAAGUGCAACGAUAGUCCAAGGCUCAUGUUCGACUGCGUGUGUACACUAACUGACAUGCAAUACGAGAUUUAUCAUGCAUCUGGAAGGUCUUGUGAUGGCUACGCCUUUCAGGAGUUUUUUAUAAGACAUGUGAAUGGUUCUACCUUAAAUACGGAUAGCGAGAAGGAGCGGAUAGUGAAAUGCAUGGAAGCUGCUAUCGGACGUCGUGUUUCCAAGGGCGUAAGAGUGGAGUUAUGUGCAAAGGAUAGGGAAGGUCUGCUAAGUGACAUGACGAGGGCUCUUCAUGAGAAUGGGUUAGAUGUGGUUCAAGCACUCGUGGCUACCCAGGGAGACGAGUCUGUGCAUUCAUUCUACGUCAGGGGUAUUUCAGGCAAUCCAGUGAGGGACAUGGACGUGGGCUUUGUCGAGUCAUUGAAGAAAGAAAUGGGCCCAAUGAAGGUCGCAUUUCAGUGAAUUGUAUCAUAUGCAUAUAUACUGAAACUGAUUCUAAGUAAAGUCGAUGCAGGCUCGCGCGUUGCGUGAGUGCAUGAAAAACUAAUAAUAUAUUUUAUUUAUUUAUUAUUUGUGGAGAA